AUGAACAGCUCCGAUAACAAGGAGUUCCGCGACCAGCUGGGCAAGUUCCGCCUGGAAUCGACCGGCCCCUCCCCGGCCUGGUCGCACGUCCCCGAGUCCACCCCGGAUCCUUCCACUCCGUCGCGCAGCAAACGUGUAUCCACGGCCUGUGACUUCUGUCGCAAACGCAAGAAGAAGUGCGACUUUCGCUAUCCCAAUUGCUCCGCCUGCACCCGCGCCGGCGUCCGCUGUACCAUCCCCCCGCCGGGGCCUCAAGUGGCCAGCACCUCCGUACCCCGCGACCAGCUCGAGAAUCUACAAAAGCGUGUGCGAUGGCUUGAGGAGGUGGUGCGCCGCAAGUCCGGCAUCUCGGUCGUCGACCUGGCCACGGGCACCCCCGUAGAUGGCGAGGGCGAUCCCGACUGGUGGUACCAAGUGCCCGCCAUGAUUGCGAUGGGCGGCACUCGCCCCUCAACGUCGGCAGCCUCAAUGCCCAGCCCGGCUGGGAGCGGGGGCUCGUCGGCGACCGCAGUGGCCCCCGGGUCGGAAACGUCGACGGGCGUGGGUGCCGAACUCCCCAAUGUCGGCGAGAUCUUUCGGGAUCAGCUCGAGCAUCGUCGGCCAUCUGUGGCCCGUCCACCCUCCGCUCCGCGAGUGCUACGUCUGUCAUCGUUUGAAGAGGCCGAGCAGAUGGCCAGCCAGUACUUCGAUAGCAUGGGCUACCAAUAUCCAUUCAUGUCCCGACCCGAGUUCAUGGCCCAGCUGCGGCAUAUCUACACGGGCGGCGUCCCCUCGCCGGAGAUGCACAAUGCCUACCACAUCAUCAUGGCCAUUUCGCUGCUGAUCGACUCUGCGGAUGCCGCACGGGCGGCAGAAUUCUAUCACGCCAGCCAGGAGACCCUGCCAUUGGCGUUGCAGAACGAGGAUCUCCCGGCCGUCCGGGCCUUGCUGGGCCUGGCCCUGUAUACCAUGUUUGCGACAUCGGGCCCGAGUAUCUGGCAUGUCUUGGGGGCCACAAUGCGACUGGCAAUUAGCAUGGGUCUGCACAAAGCCCGCUCCUACGCCAGUCUGGCCGAGGAGGAGAUGGCCAAGCGGGCGUUUUGGAGUCUGUACAAUCUGGAUCGCCUCAUCGCCAGCACGCUCGGCCGUCCGAUGGGGAUUGCUGAUGAAGACAUCAGUGUGAGCUUGCCCCGGGAGCUCAAUGACGACGGGACCGUAGCCCCUGGCGCCAGCGCCAUGACGAUCCCAGUACAAGUGAUGCGCCUCCGCCGGAUUUUCUCGCGCAUCUACCGAUAUCUGUAUAGCAACUUGCCACGGCCGCCGGCACAAGAGGUGGCCGCCACGCUGGGUCAAUUCCGUCGCGAGGUCGACGACUGGCGCAUGGCGGCGCCGGUGUUUCCCUCGGCCCUUCUCUAUUCCACCUCGUACUAUGACUAUCUGUAUUAUACCACCCUUCUUCUCAUGUACCGCCCCAGUGCGCGCAACCCAACCCCCGAUGCCACCAGCAUCGUCAGCUGCGGCGACUCCAGCGUGCAGGUGAUCCGGUCCUAUUGGGACAGCUACUCGGUGGGGAAGCUCAAGUGGAUCUGGCUCACGCUGAGCCAAGUCUAUUUUGCCGGCAUCACGAUCCUGUGGUGUCUCGAACAGAACGCGCGCUCCUUACGCGAAUCUCGGCCCGCGCCUUGGCAACCCGACGAGCAGAUGAUGCGUCGCGGCAUCCAAGCGGUCGUCGUCUUGUUGGAGGAAUUUGGGAAACGGCGACCGGGAGUGGACCGACUGGCGGAGACCUUCCGACACCAGAGUACCAUUAUUUUCAGCCAAAUGGCCUACCAGCAACAGCAACUGGACCAACAGCCGCCGCCGCUGCCGCCGCCGCAACCUCCGACGCUGAUUCCCCAAGCGUCGACGUUGGCGCCGCCCCCGGCGCCCCCAGUGCCGUUGGCUCCGGUGCUCGACGACGUGCUGCUGGUGGACGGCAGCGGCGGCAUGCCCAUGAUCGAUCCCCAAAUGGCGGAGCAACUGUUCUACUCGUACAACUGGUUCCAGGAGGAAAUGGCGAGCUACUAUACCCUUUGA